AUGUCUUCUACCCCGUCGUCGUCGCCACCUUCCGUCUCCUCGACGCAGUCUUCUCAAGAUAUGUCCUUGGCACCGCCCCCAAGUCCCUCUUCAAUGCAUCCAUUCCUGCCGCCGUCGCGAGCAUCAACCAUCACAUCAUGGACGUCGUCUUUACCUGAGCGAGGUUCACGGUGUCAUCCAUCCUCCGAUCGCGAUGCAUUAUCAAGAGACGCAGCAAUCGAAGCUUAUCGGCAGCUCAAGCUCGCUCUGUUCUCCAAAGCCCGAAGUCUUUCAGGUCCGGAAAUGGAGCGACCGACUUCAUAG